GUUGGAAUGGGGUGUGUGGAGCGCUGCGCAGUCCAUUAAAACAGCUCGCCUUUAGAAAACCGGUUUUACUGUCCUGUGUUUACCUGAACAGCGGAACCUUUCUUCUCUGUACCUUUCCACUGGACCUCUCCAACGUCUUUGUUGUAAUUUUCACUUCUGUGCCUUAUUAAGAGCUUUCAAAAUGUUUUUGGCCAAAAGACUUAUUGGAGGUAUCCUGGAUGUUGUAAGCAACGUUGACCCUGGCCAGUUUGUUCCCUCAGACCCUCCUCCUCCCAAAAGACCCCUGGCAUAUGCUAAUCAGAAUGAAACCGAAGAGGAGAAGCAGUUUCGCAAAGUCUUUAAACAACUUGCAGGGGAUGACAUGGAGGUGAGCCCUAAUGAGCUGAUGAGUAUUCUUAACAAGAUUAUCUCCAAACAUGCCGAUCUGAAAACAGAUGGUUUCACUAUUGAGUCCUGCAGAAGCAUGGUGGCAGUAAUGGAUAGUGAUAGCACUGGAAAGCUAGGCUUUGAUGAGUUCAAGUAUCUUUGGAAUAAUAUCAAGAAAUGGCAGGGUAUUUACAAGUCUUUUGAUGCAGACCACUCUGGGGUGAUUGGGGCUGACGAGCUACCUGGAGCUUUCAAAGCAGCAGGCUUCCCACUUAAUGACCAGCUUUUCCAGCUGAUCAUCCGACGGUACAGUGAUGAAAGUGGCAACAUGGACUUUGACAAUUUCAUUGGGUGUCUUGUGCGUCUGGAUGCCAUGUGUCGUGCCUUCAAGACACUUGAUUCAGACAACAAUGGCACCAUUAAAGUUAACAUUCAAGAGUGGUUGCAGUUGACUAUGUACUCCUGAACGAAGAAGAAUUUACUACAGCAUCUUGAUUAUGUUCUGUUGUCAGUUGUCCUUUGUCGCCUGUCAUUGCCAGAUUUCUUUGUUUUUUGUUUUUGAUAAACAUAUGGUGCCUUUACACUAGGUGGCAGCUUUGUUGCAAUGCUAGACAGAGUGUUUGCACUGUGGUCUCUAAAGGUUCAGUUUAUGCCGUAUUUCAUUCCAAAGUCUGGAAACUUUUCAUUUAUUCAAAAACUAAAUAGUUUUACAACCAAAUAAUUAAAAAUGUAUGCUUAUAUGUUUGAGAUAACAGCUAUUAAGAACAUUCCAGAUGCAUAUCAAUUAAUCACUAAAGACAUAUAUCAGCUGACAUCUCUGCAUUGUAUAAUAUUAAGCUGAAGCGCAAAUAAACAUUAUUUGUUCAAGACAUACAAAAA